GAAAGUGCCGGCCGGCUCGUGCGUAUCACGUUCUAUAUAGAGUGUCAGGCUUGUCCAGAAGAAUAUCGAAAGUUUCACUUUCGAAACAGGUCAACGAAGGUGCUACCGGUUACGGCAUUCAGGGCAGAGGUUGUUGCUGUUGAAUCGUGAAGGAUGUUGCUGACAGUGAUGCUGGUCGGGUUGGUAGCGUGGGCGGGGCGCACCCUGGCGGCACCGCCCGAUUUUAUACCCGGCGUGCUUUCGCUCGCAUCUGCCGCUACUGGUCCCGCGGAUUACUCACCGCUUAAAAUCAUCGCCGGCGCACCUUGCUACCCAAACCCUUGCAGGAAUAGUGGGGUUUGCGUAGUCUUCACAGAAUACAACGAGGCGAGAGGACGCUGUGAAUGCCAACAUGGCUACUCAGGCUUAUAUUGCGAAAUUGGAGGAUCCUACGGCUCUGGAGGAGGGGAAUACUAUUCACCCCAUGACAAAACUUAUACCGACCAUGGCAGUAGUGAUGGCUACUACGCACCAGGCGGACAUGUCGAUAAAUCCGACGGUUACUACGCACCAGGCGGACAUACUGAUAAAUCCGACGGCUACUAUGCACCAGGCGGACAUGUCGAUAAAUCCGACGGUUACUACGCACCAGGCGGACAUACCGAUAAAUCUGACGGCUACUACGCACCAGGCGAACAUGCCGAUAAAUCUGACGGUUACUACGCACCAGGCGAACAUGCCGAUAAAUCUGACGGCUACUACGCACCAGGCGGACAUGCCGAUAAAUCUGACGGCUACUACGCACCAGGCGUAUAUAGCCAAACGAACACUGGUUACUACAAGCCAACGGACGCUCACACAAAUAGCGGACACUACUACGCCCCGAGCCAUACCGGUACAUAUUCAUCAAGCCAACCCUCGCCAUACUACUCCACGGCAGGCACACAUAACACGCACAACCGUCCCGGUGCGCACGUUGCUAAUAUAGGCCUGACUUACGGAACAGUCGGGAGCAACAACUAUCCAGGCAACACGCAAGUGGCUAUCUACGGCGGAUACCGUGGACACAAUCUCAGCCCGGCAACCUACCCGCAAACGUACCCCGUGGAAGAGCACGGCGCACACCACGAAGGCGGUGGUUACGGCUCUGAUGACGACCUCUGUUAUCCGAAUCCGUGCGAAAAUGGCGGACGCUGUCACGCUGCUAUCAAACAUGACGUAGCCGUGAGAAAAUGCCUAUGUCCUUACGGCUACUACGGUCUCCACUGUGAGCAAAGUCACUCGAGCAGCGCCCGCCACGGACCAAACUACGAGGAAGCCUGCUUGCCCAACCCGUGCUACAAUGGUGGAAUAUGUGAGGCAUUCGUUAGCUGGGGUCGACCACUGAGAAAGUGCAUCUGUCCGCCGGGCUACCAGGGAGCUCACUGCCAACAGAAAGCACAUUAUAAUAACUACGAUGAGUGCGCUCACGAUCCUUGCGGCCAGCACGGCACGUGUUCAUCUGGCGGCAACCACGCCUACAGCGUUAUAAACCCGUCCGGCUACACAUGCGUCUGCCACGAUAGCUGGAGCGGCAUCCGCUGCGAAAUUCAUGACCCUUGUUACGACGAUCCCUGUUACAACGGAGGCGGAUGCUACAAGCAGCCGGACGACUAUCACGGGGACACGGAGUACUACUGUAAAUGCGCGGCUGGGUGGGAAGGACACCACUGUGAUACGCACAAUCCGUGUUAUGACGAUCCAUGCCACAACGGAGGAGCAUGUUACGGACACGAUGACGAUCACCAUGGCGACCACGAUUACUACUGCACGUGUGCUGAUGGAUGGGAAGGUUACCAAUGCGAUGACCACAAUCCAUGUUACGACGAUCCAUGCCACAAUGGAGGCGGCUGCCACAAAUAUGGCCACGAUCACCAUGGCGACCACGAUUACUACUGCACGUGUCCUGAUGGAUGGGAAGGUUACCAAUGCGACGACCACAAUCCGUGCUAUGACGAUCCAUGCCACAAUGGAGGCAUCUGUAACAGAAAUGCCCACGAUCACCAUGACGACGAGGAAUAUUACUGCACGUGUCCUGAUGGUUGGGAAGGUUACCACUGCGACGACCACAAUCCGUGCUAUGACGAUCCAUGCCACAAUGGAGGCAUCUGUCACAGAAAUGCCCACGAUCACCAUGACGACGAGGAAUAUUACUGCACGUGUCCUGAUGGUUGGGAAGGUUACCACUGCGACGACCACAAUCCGUGCUAUGACGAUCCAUGCCACAAUGGAGGCAUCUGUCACAGAAAUGCCCACGAUCACCAUGACGACGAGGAAUACUACUGCACAUGUCCUGAUGGUUGGGAAGGUUACCACUGCGACGACCACAAUCCGUGCUAUGACGAUCCAUGCCACAAUGGUGGCGCGUGUCACAGACUCGACCACGAUCACGAUGACGACCACGAAUACUACUGCACGUGUCCUGAUGGAUGGGAAGGUUACCAAUGCGACGACCACAAUCCGUGCUAUGAUGACCCAUGCCACAACGGAGGAGCGUGUCACAGACACGACCACGAUCACCAUGGUGACCACGAAUACUACUGCACGUGUUCUGAUGGAUGGGAAGGUUACCAAUGCGACGACCACAAUCCUUGUUACGACGAUCCCUGUUACAACGGAGGCGGAUGCUACAAGCAGCCGGACGACUAUCACGGGGACACGGAGUACUACUGUAAAUGCGCGGCUGGGUGGGAAGGACACCACUGUGAUACGCACAAUCCGUGUUAUGACGACCCGUGCCACAAUAAAGGCGUCUGUCACAAAUACGGCAACGAUCACCAUGGUGACCACGAGUACUACUGCACGUGUCCUAAGGGCUGGGAAGGUUACCACUGCGACGACUACAAUCCGUGCCACGGCGAUCCCUGUCACAACGAUGCCGUGUGUGAACCGUACGACGAUGGCUACAAGGGUGAAAUCGACUACUGGUGCAGCUGUCCGGAGGGCUGGGGCGGACACCACUGCAGCGAGCGUAUUUACGUACCUCGCACCUACGGACACGGACGAGGAAUAGAUCCGUGCUACAGCCACCCUUGCUACAACGGCGGUACGUGCGUCGGAGAUCCAUACGUACCGAACGGCUACUACUGCGACUGCGCCUGGGGUUACAAGGGUGACCACUGCAAUCGCUCCGAUUCGAGGCACACGUGCAGUAAGAGGUGCAUGAAUGGUGGCAGAUGUGUCCGCCUACGCCGCAAGAAGAACGUGUGCGACUGCCCGCACGGAUACGUGGGUGCCGUGUGUCAAUACCACGUUCCGAUAUUGGCCUCCAUUCUGCGCUCCUGGUAAAGCUGUACAGUUCCUAUCUACCUACCGACGACCCGACUGAGCUAGUGCUGAGCGGUUGCAUCGAAGGUGCGCGUUUCUUUCAGCGACUCCUGCCCCCACGUUGUAUAUGUCACGGGUUUGAAAUGGUGUUUAAUGUCCGCACGUUGCCGCGUGAAGUUGUUGCUGGAACGUCAGCAUUAUUCGAGCACGCAUUUCGGCAGCGAAACUGUACUGUUAUUUUAUGAAAGUUUACACUUCGUCCUAUUUCGUUGACAGUCAACAAAGCCUAGAGUUAUUCGGCGUAUAAUCAAUCAAUCAAUACUAGGAGUAAUGCGGUCACGCGAGCACGCACCCCCGGGAGGCACUCCAUAUAUAUUGCAUGGUAGGUAUGUGCCGCGGGAGAGACCCCCA